UUGACACAAACUUCGUCUUUGACCUUCAUCAUCGCCGUACACUACACGAUCCAGUGCCCUAAACAAAGAACUACAACUUACCCACAGCCAUGGACCAACCGCCUCUUUCUCCACCCGCCGAACCGACGCAGUCACCCACUGUCAAGCCAGUUUCUUUGGAUUCGCCGAUCCGCACGACUCCAAUCCACGAUCUGCUCCCGGAAGUCCGUGUCCCUCGCGAACCCCUAGAAUCCUACAAAUACGAUCCAGUCACAUGUACCGCAUUAGACCCAGAGGAGAUCCGCGCCCAGCUUCAAGAGCUGCAACAAGAGUUCCCGUCUCCAUCCGAGGCACUUAAGGCGCAAGAACUCGCGGUCAUGGAAGUGAAGCAACGGAUCCAGGACGCAGAGAGGAAACGCGAAGAUGUUCAGAAAGCAAUCGACAAGAAGAUAAAAGAGCGCAAUACGGAGAUGAAAGUCUUGUCCAAAUAUCAGGAGGUGAAGGCUUCCGACAUUCCGUCUUGAAGUCAGAUCGAGUGCAU